GAGGCGGAGAGGUGUGUCAUCGCUAUGCGCAGCCAGGCAUGACUGAUCGAUCCCCGAAUGGAAAGAAGCAACGACCGCUGGCGGGCCGUCGACUCCUCGAGAAGAACCGACUAAAGACCAGCACUAGAACCGAAGACCAGGACUAGAAGCGAAGAUCAGGACCAUAACCGAAAAUCAGGACUAUAACCCCGGGAUGAGGCGGACCUGACCGGUUAUAACACGGAGGAACCGAGUGCUGGAGGAAGGCGACCAUAGAAAGACAUGUUGAUCUAGUGGACUGGUUCUGUUGGCUCCAACAUGGAGUCUUCUUCUGAAUCUCAGCAGGAGGACAAACCUGUGCCUCAUGCAGAGGUCAAGGAGCAUCCCUCCUCCUCUGCAGCCGGCGGCGGUGAUGAGGGCGUUCUUCUGACCCCGGGCAGGAUGAGCCAGCGCCAGGGAAAGGAGGCGGGGCAUCAGACCCCCAGCAGAGAGGUCCUGACCACGCCCGCCUCCCUCAGCCCCGGGGUCAGCUACACCCACGGUAGGACCCCCACCCAGCCUUUCCUCUGUCCCAGUGGACCACGCCCGUGUGUUUGGUGGUGGGGGUGGGGGGGUGGGGGGGGGGGGGUACUGUUGGAUGAAGCGGUGAUGACCUCAACCCCCUCCUGGUGUUCAUCAACAGGAGACACGAGACAAGUCCCCCCCUGCCUAUCCUCAGCCUACCUGUAGGGCUCCUAGAACCAGAUGACCCCUGACCCCUAGCUUCUCCUUAAUGAAAUGGAUCUGACUUAAGGUCUAUCUGGACGUUAUGGUGCUGAUUAUCUGGGCGUACUGAGUGUGUUGGGGUACUGAGUGUGUUGGGGUACUGAGUGUGUUGGGGUACUGAGUGUGUUGGGGUACUGAGUGUGUUGGGGUACUGAGUGUGUUGGGGUACUGAGUGUGUUGGGGUACUGAGUGUGUUGGGGUACUGAGUGUGUUGGGGUACUGAGUGUUUUGGGGUACUGAGUGUAUUGGCACGUAUUUUUCAAAAUUUCUUAUUGUAUGUUGUACGUCUUUGCCCUUAAAAAUAGUACUUAAGUUGUAUAGCAUUUUAUUCCAGCUAUUUUUGUUGUAUACGGGGAAUGGGUUAACCUAACAAUUGUUAAUUUGCUACUUGUUGUUUGCUACAAAAUGGCUAAGGCAGGUUAGUCAGGUGACUAGGUCAGGUCAUCUGAAGACUCCCCCCCUCCCCCCCCCCCCCACCAACGCAUCUACAGUAUGUUGUGUAAAAGGUGUUUAAACGAUGCGACCGUUGUAAACCGUAGUUCAUGUUGCGGCCACCAGAGGGAGCGCUUGCUUCCUGAUUGGUCUCUAGUGGUGUCAGCAUGCUGAACAUAUGACCUGAACCUGUCUGGUGUGUGUGUACUUGACCCUUCAUCCCCGGGCGGUGGGGGGAGGCUGGUCUGAGGUGCUGCUGUCGCCACGGUAACAGAGUAGUGCCGCCAGACGAUGACAUCAGGAGGAUACCUCGAGUUUUAUAACGAGGUAUCCUAAAGGGGAUUUAUAACGAGGUAUCGUAACGAGGUUUUAUAAUUUGGUAUUGUAACAAGGUUUUAUAACUUGGUAUCAU